UUGUCAGAAGCACCGUGUCACUUGUCCGUGGUGAGUCGGCCCGUUGUGACCUCUCUUGCUGGACCUUGCUUGCCGCGUUGUAUUUUCCCCACCCUGUCGUCCUUUUCCCUCUCACGGGACACCGACGACCCCUUCGAGUUUUCGUCGCCUCCUUUUUUACUCGUCCGUGGUCCUUCGUCGAGCGAACACGCGUUUCGUGAUCAAGUGCUGCGACGUGGUGAUGGUGAGACAAGUGUAGAGCCACGGAGGCUGACUCGGAGGACUUGGCCUCUGGCUCUGAAACGACUGUUGUUACGGCUGUGUGACGUUUCGAGAGAGAUUCACCGGUUCGCGAGUGACCCCAUGACCCACCGUGAUCAGUGCGAUAUCUAUGGAUGUUAAGUGCCCGGACCACGUAACUCCCUGCUCUAUGAGUGUACGACGCUGACGAGGGAAGCAUGGAUUGCUCCACGAAAGUUACCGUCAAGAGCGGAUCCGAUCAGGGACACGAGAGCGAAACGCAAGCCGAUGCUGCAUCGUCUCCGUCGAGCGUGGAGCUACCAGAAAGCGCGCAUCCUUGUCCCGCGUGUCCAACGAUCCUGCCAAGUUGCAGGGAGCUGACAAACCACCUGCGUGGUCACAAUUCUCCCCGCAGCACGGAUUGCAGCGGCGAGGAGGACUACUGCUGCGGAGUGUGCAACAAGGUUCUCAGCUCGGCUAGUUCCCUGGACAGACACGUGUUGGUCCACUCCGGAGAGCGGCCGUUCAAGUGCAAAUACUGCGAGAUGGCGUUCACCACGAACGGGAACAUGAACAGACACCUGAGGACAGCGCACCGAGGCGCGUCGUUGAACAGCUGCACCGAUUCCGAGGGCAGCAGCGACUCCGAGAAGCCGCCGAAGAGGAAGCACAUCGAGGAGUACAACAACAACGAUAUCACGAAGAGGAAUUCGCCGGAUAUUAUCGACAGACAGGACAGAUCGCCCAGUCUGACGAACAAGAGAAAGUGUACCGACUAUCUAAGCGACAACGAGAAUCAGAAGAGGCACAAGAUCUUGAUGAACAACACCAGGACCGAGAUCAAGUCGUCGCCGGAUGAUAGCCAGAACGUGUACAAUUGUCCCGUGUGCGGCAGACAGGACUUCGCGACUAGCGCCCUUCUGGAAGCGCAUCUGGAAAGAAGCCAUCCUGAAUUUCCUGCGAAAUGCGAGUCCUGUAACCUGUCCUUCAAGAACCACCGAGUGCUGAAUCUGCACCGAUUCAUGAUCCACUUCGCGGACCACUCGAUAGGCAACACUGCUAGGAACCUAAGGAACUCCGUGGUGGGCUUCAACGAUCUGACCUUCGUCGACUUCUCGUCGGACAAGUUCCCUGCGAUUGCCAGGGCGAUGUGCGAACAAUCCCUGCACAGACCAGCCUCCGGAGAGGUCGCGAAGUUCCAGUGUUCCAAGUGUCUGCGAGCGUUUCCCUGCAGAUCGGCGUUGGAUGCCCACGAAGUCGACUGUGGUACGGCUAACUCUCACACGAGAGCAACAGAUGAUAGUCAAUCUAGACGAGAUAACUUUUUCGCAGGCCUGGAUUUACAAAACAAGGCUGCUUUGACGGAAGCCAAGGAGGGAAAAGAUCUGGCUGACAUUCAGAGUAUUAUAUCGGUCACGUCCGGUCCGAUACUGCAGAACUUCCCUCGGUCGGAUGCCAGUACUCCUGAGAACAACAUCAAGUAUAACUCCAGUUUAAAUUCGUCCGGUUCUUCGGGCGCGUUCUCCUCCGAGUACCACGAAGAAGAGGCUCAAGACGCGUUCGCGGCCGAGUUCAGAAAAAUGAAGCUGAAGGGAGAGUUCCCCUGCAGACUCUGCUCGGCGAUAUUCCCGAACCUGAGGGCGCUGAAGGGUCAUAACAGGGCGCACAUGGGCGUGGGACCCGGCAUGCCGUAUCCCUGUAACAUGUGUCCGUACACCAGCACCGACAAAGCCACCCUGGUCAGACAUUUGAGGUCUCACAACGGCGACAGGCCGUACGAAUGCUCUCUCUGCAAUUACGCUUUCACCACGAAGGCGAACUGCGAGCGUCACGUGAGGAACAGACACGGUAAACUAACCAGGGAGGACAUCAAGAGCGUGCUGAUCUAUCAUCCGAACGAGGACUCGACGAACGAGAACGUGGAGAGGAGUUCACCGAGAGUGAUGAAGGAGAGCGACGCUAGGAAGAGUUUAGUUUACCCCAACGAACGCUCCGAGUUCCAACAUCAGGCUCAGGUGCACUAUCCUCCGUCCAUGGAGGUCAGAGGGGACAUCAGAAUAAUAGAGGAGGCCAAGUUGCACAAUUCCGCGAUAUCGAUGCACAACGCUGCGGCGAAUCACUUCGAGAAGAGCGACGCAUUCUCGAGACCCAGCCAGCCGAUCGAGCUGACGCAGCGGAGCUUCGAGGACACGAAGUCCACGCAGGACACCAAGUCGGACUACUCGAAGCUGGACGAGGAUCUGGAGUCGAGGUCGUCGGAGGGCAGCGUGUCCCUAGUCAGUGAUACCAAAUCAGAUUCGCACCAAAGAAUACAAGCUAGUCCGAUGAACCUGAAGAAGGGUUUGAACGUGUCGGAGAACGCUGCCGGGGAGGAUGGCCCCUUGGACCUCUCCAUGGACGUCCUUGACCUCAGCAAGAAGUCGAAGGACAAGGACGAGGGCGACUUCGCCGCGUCGCACGAGCAGUUCGGAAAGAACCAGAAGGACUUGUACAACGCCACUAGUCAACUGUUGCUAACCGAGGCCCUGUUGAAAGCCGGCCAGGGUACCUCUCAGCCCACGUCGCUGGAAGCCCUGUACGCGAACGCGAUUUACAGAAACUUUGGGACGUUCGGCGCCAGCGUGGGGGCGGGAAUUUUGCCACCGUACAUGUUCAACCCCCACGUGUUCGGCCAGGAUUUCUCGAUGAAGGAGAGACUGCAGAAGGAGUUGGUCAGAGGACUGCAGUUGACCAGCGGCGGCACUCUGGUCGAGCCGGCUAUCGGUGCCACGGGAUUCUCGGCCUUCGCUCAAAGGGACAUAAACUCGCAAUCGUCGAGCGAUCAGAACGACUACGCGAAGCUGAUCUCCGCGAAGAUGGCGAACAAAGCUCUAUCGAAUCGCGACAAACCCGACAUCCCCUCCUCAAACUCGGUGAAGAUGGUGAUCAAGAACGGGGUACUGAUGCCCAAACAGAAACAGAGACGAUACAGAACCGAGAGGCCAUUCACUUGUGAACACUGUUCGGCGAGGUUCACUUUGAGAAGCAACAUGGAGAGACACAUUAAACAACAGCAUCCGCAGCACUGGAGCCAGAGACCCAGAGGAGGACACUCCACCAGAGGAAGACCUCCUUCAAGUCAUCCCACGUUGCUGCAGAAUCUUGGACAGCCUGCUUCGUCUCAGGUGCCUCAAUCGUACACGAAAAUCCUGCCAAAGGUCGAGCCGUCUGCUAACUCGGACUUCGCGAAGCAUCCCAUUUCCGAUCAGGUGAAGUACGCGAUCCUGGCACAGCAGCUGAAGGCCAACAAGGUGGAGGAGAACGAUUCUGAAGAGGAGCUCGUGAUCGACGAGGAUCCUCAGGAUAAGGACGGUCAAGAAUCUCAGGAUCAGAAGGAGAAGAGCUUGCUGAGAGGGCAGUUGGAAGGUGCAGAGCCUUCCAAGGACAGCGUGAUACGGGACGAGGCUGAAGAGUCGACGAAAGACGCCUCGGAAACGGGAAACGCCGAAUCGGCGAACAACGAGAACGCCGAUGCCGACGACGCGAAGGCGUCGGAUUCCGAGAGGCCCGCUGACAGCGAGAACUCGCAGGAACAGGUGCAGAAUCGACCGUUCAAGAUGGAGACCGAAGACAAAAGCGAGAAGGCGGAAGACGGCGUGACAGAUCUCGCGAGCGUUUCCGAGCUGCUGGAUAACGCUUCUCAACAGUACCAACAGUUUCAGCCUCAAUAUCUGAGCGACGAAGAAGGACUGGUAGCUUCUCACAGCGACUGCAACAACUCCGGCAGCGACGACAAGUCUGACUCCGUGAACUCGCUGAAUUCCGUCAGCAUCUCGUCCAAAAAGAAGAAGAAGAAAAAGAAGAAGAAGAAGAAGUCCGCGUACUCGAUGGCUCCGAACCGUGUCAUAUGUCCGUACUGCGAACGACCUUUCCCCUGGACAUCGUCCCUCAGGAGACACAUCCUCACGCACACGGGACAGAAACCAUACCAGUGCAUGCACUGCUCGCUGCUGUUCACUACCAAGUCGAACUGCGAUCGCCAUCUGUUGAGGAAGCACAAGGCGAACCCCAACAAGGUUCGUCGCGCCAGGAACUCCUCUUCUCCAGACUCCCAGGCGGUCAUCAGUAACAACAACUCCUUCUCCAUGAGAAACGUGCCCGAGAGGCCGUACAAGUGCAACCAGUGUCCCAGCUCGACCUUUUCCACGCUGGGCAACUUGAAAAAGCACCGUUCGACGAAACACGCUCGCAAAAUGAAGUCGAGGUCAGACACUCCGUCCAGCGAGCCCCAGAACAGUCCUCAGGAGUGCACGAAACAGAACGAGCAGACCGAUUACGACAGCCAGUCGUCCAGCGUGUCUGAGAGCAUGGAGACUUCCUCCGUUCCAGGACUUGCAAAAUCGAACUCCAACACUUCACCGUCCACCAACGAUACGUCAAGAUCGAGGAGACCCUCGCCAAGAUCCUCGCCCGGACCCAGCGACGUUCCCUUCAAGUGUCACUUGUGCGAUUGCGGGUUCGCAGAGCGACAAGACUGCUUAGAGCAUAUCAAGGCGAACCAUAAACGGUCCUACGAGAUGCUGGUGGCGAAAGGUGCGCUGGAUAUGGACAUCGACACGGUGGAAGACCAGCAGCAACCUCCACCGCAACAACAGACCAGCGACGGAGAGGAGAAGAGGGGACGUUUCCCGGAUUAUAGUAACAGAAAGGUGGUCUGCGCAUUCUGCAUGAGGCGAUUCUGGUCCGCGGAGGACCUUCGACGUCACAUGAGGACACACACCGGCGAGAGGCCGUUCUCGUGCGAUAUCUGCUGCAGAAGGUUCACCCUGAAGCACAGCAUGCUGCGUCACCGGAAGAAGCACGAGUCCAUCGACUCGACGAUGUACGUUGGCACCAGUGGCGACGAGGAGAACUCGCCCACUCAACCACCUACGAUCACGCCUAGAACGCAACAGCAAACGCCGGUAUUACUAGGGGCAAAUGCGGGAAAUCCCCAGAUUCCUGAUCGAAUCUCGUUGUCGAGCAUCGCUCCAGUCGCUACCGGUGAUGCGACACCCAGUGGACUGAUAAGAUUGAAUCCGUACAAGAAGCUGACAACUCUGACCGGGAAACUGGCGAGUAUCCCGCAGAACGUGAAUCCAGACGCGACCGAGAGCACGGAUAACGAUUUAAUUUCGAAUCUUCUUGGGAUAAGAGACAAGAGCUUCAUCGACCGGGUGUUGCAAGCGUCCGCCGACGAUGCUGCUAAACUGUUGGGAGUGAAACGCAGCCACGAAUAAAGCAACCUGCAUCUUGUUGGUUUUCGAAUAUUUCACAUUUGUGCCUUAGGUUCCUCCCCCUUCGUCUAAACCAGUGAGUCAAUCUGUGCAAAAUAGAGUUAGUCAAAAUUACUGUAGUCAGCUGCUUGGAUCUUGAGAGCUAGCCUUUUCGAUUAGCAUCGAUGGGCCUCGUAGAAAUGUUGACGCAUCGAUGAAUGUUCACUGUACAAAAACGGUUGUUACGACCACUCUUUAUAAGGUCAUUGAGUUGUUAUAACAAUUCCUAUCAAAGUACGUGAACAUUCAUUCGAUGACGACAGAUCUGCCACUCUGAGUAGUUUGAUGAACUAAAAAAAACGAUUUGUUGUGUUUUAUUUAUUAAAUAUUUAUAUUUGUGUCUAAUUUUGUUUUAACUGAAAGCAUAGUAUUUUGUCGAUGAAUUGUUAAAAUUUGGUCAUUUUAAUAUUACUUUUUUAACUGGAUAUCAUAGAUCAAGUUAAGAGAAACACUUCGUUUCGGACUCUCCGUACUAAUUCAAUAGUUCGACGUUAGUAAUCAUUUUCAAGAUAUCGUUUUAUGACAUUGUUCGAAGAAGUCGGGAGGAACAUGUUGUAUGUGGGUUACGAAAGAGCCACUUUUGCUUUUCUACAUCUUCAUCCGUAAGACCAGAGGGUCGCUGUUCGUUCUUUCCGUCGAUUACGUGCCUACCUUUCGCAUCUUUUUUUUCCUACACGAAGCGCCAGGACUGUGCGUAUUUUGUAUUAUGUACAUACAUGUAACCUUGCCAAUACAAGGAUGAGCGAACACAGAGGGAAAAAAUUAUACGAAUGAGCCCGUCGAGUAUGGGAGAACGUCGUCAAUGAUGAAGUAUUAACAGCGUUCUCCGUUAAUCGAUCGGACCGUACUGAAACCCAAAGAUACAUUUUACACAACGAAUUAAGUUAGCCAUAUAUAAUACGUACUUCUAUUUAUUGUUUGUCACGGUAUUUAGCAGCCGAGGAAGAAAUGACACUUUCCCGUCGAAAUAUAUAUAUAUAUUUUUUUUUCACUGACGAGAAUAAAGUCUCGAAACGACCGACAGGAUCGAGCAACGGUACAUUACCGACCAAGCUCUCGGCCGAUAAUCGUCUCCGUUCUUGUCGGUAAACGUGCAAAAUCGAAAAAUACGCAAGUAGAGCAAUAUAGUAAAAAAAAAGUUUAUCAUGACUAUUAUAUAUAUAAAAAUAUAUAUAUAUGUAAUAAUCGAUUUUUAUUCCGUCGCGUAAAGAUUACUUGUAUAUAGAUAGUCUAAUUGAACACUUUUGGUAGGCGUUAAUGAGUUUUCCGAACAAGGAGACGAUAUUUAAAAUGCAAUUAUACCAAAUAAAUCGGCAUCGGUUCGCGCGUUGAAAUCGACGUCGCUUAAUCGAUCGCUGCGAUGCGAACCGACCGAUAAAAGAUUUAUAUCUCCUGAUCGUGAUAUGUACUUUUCCUUUCCAAUUUCUUCUCUUCUUUGCGGCUCUUGUUUUCUCGUUCACCGUAUGAUCUCUCUUGCAUCACACGAGUACACGAAUAAUUUAACGUACUUCUAUCUUUGUCCCUAUACAGAAAAUCUCUGACCCAUUUCUAUUGCGUCUCUCUCUUUUUAAGCUCACUGUAUUUAUUCUUUUAUAGAAACGAACGACUUGCGUGAGUCGACGCGCGCUCAUCGAGAAGCCGACGAUACGAAUUUGCUCGGGGUGCUUUCCGUUUCAUUUUUAAAGUGCCGUCGAUAGUAUUUGGGGUAUCUCCUCGAUGUUGCGUUAUGCAUUCGUCGUGCGUAACAUAUUUAUUGCGAAUAAAUUGCGUGUGUAUAAUUUUUGCCGAAAUCGCGACGAUGUCGGAUCAUUGUACGAUUCGUUGCGCGACGAUUACACCGUCGAACGGGAGUGGUAGUUAAACCCUCAUAAUUUUUAGGAUAGGAAAGUCAAAUAUAGUUAUAUAUAUACAUAUAUAUAUACGAACGUGUUCAAUGAAAAUUCUUGUUAAUCCCGCGAACAUCGAGAAUAAUGCGACCUAAUUGCGAACCAUGUAAACCGUACGCGUGUAAAUAUAGAAGUAUCGAAUCGAGUUUGCGAUUACGCUCGAAGUUUAAGGUAUAUCAACGAUUUGUAUAUGUCUCUUGUGUCAACGGUGUAUUUAAUAUAAAUACCGCAACUGACCGUAACUUUAGGAAAAUCAAAACGUAUAAUAUUAGCUUUGUUCUUUGUACAAUUGCACGGAAAACACCCCGUAGUGAUUCGUUUGCUCUGAACCGGUGUUUCUUCGGCGCUGCAGGAAGGGGCAAAUCUAGAUAUUAUUCGACCUUUUCAAAUUUAAUCGGUAGAAUUUAAGGGGACUUUGACGCUAUUGGACGCUACGGUUGGGGCUGUAGCAGUUGACAAUAUAGUGGGUCUUGCAUGGAAACAUUGUAAAUUCGAAAAUUUAGUUUCUACAACUGUGAAAAUAUUUAGUCAUAAUUCAUUUAGUGAUACUUAGUAUUAAAAUCUGAUACUAGUUGAAAUAAUUUUAGUUUACAUAUAUCUUUAGAUUUCAUAACAUUUGGAUCUGCCACUUGCGCAAAGGUACUUCUCAAGGAUACAUGAUAAGUUUUUCUUUCUCAUAGUUUUCUUAAAGAGAAUUCGAUCUAGAUUAUUGGAAAUUAUCUUUGGAAGAAAAGAGGAAACACCGUUUCAGAUCUUAUUCACACGUUUCCACGUCGGUGUAGCGCAACAUGUCGGUUAAGUCUGCGUGCAAAAUAAGAGUAUGGAAACAUGUAAAUGAUAAAGAUCUAUUUAUUAAAGAGGCGAAAUAUGUUUGAAUCCUUGGAGUGAUGUUUUUCUUGAUUCGUUUCAGAAGAAUUUAAGCUAUGGAGUAAUUAUUGUAACGCACGUGUACAAGAUUUUAUGUUGUAUCCUUGUUUAAACUUGGCUAUGAAUAAGAAUAU